UCGGACAGACGGCCAGUUGUCUUUUUCCUAUCGUAUCGUAUUCUCGUAGUCGAGGUUGUGCGGAGUUUUCGUCAUACGUUGCUAAAUCAUUUGAAUUACAAAAUUACGAUGCCACAAGACCUUCAACAAGAAGUUAUCUCUAUGAGAGAAUGGCUUGCGAAAGAACCUCACCUACCAAAAGACAUUGACGAUUUCAUGUUGGAAAAGUUUUUGCACAGCUGUUAUGGUAGCUUGGAGCGUACAAAGAAGUGCAUUGAAAGGUUUUGUUCGACGCGCAGUCUCAUGUCAGAGAUCUAUUCAUUGAGGGACCCGAUAUCACCGAACAUAAAGACCGCAUUCUCUAUUACGAACGUUUCCACACAUGAGGCUGGUGAAGAUGAAAUCUUAAUACAUCAAUUUGAAGAUCCGAGCCUGGAAAAGUUUCAAUUCUACGAUAUCUUGAAGAGUUUCUCCUUGCAGGCAGAUAUGUGGUUAAUGGAACAAAAGUUCUUACCUGAAGGCCACAUCAUAAUUCUUGAUAUGAAAAAUUAUUCCUUGAGAAUGGUUUCUAAGAUAAACAUAUUUUUCGUUAGAGAAUUUUUCAUGUAUUUAUUGGAAGGAUUGCCAGUACGUGUUAAACAAAUCUAUGCAAUAAAUGCACCGUCAUUUUAUGACAAACUGUUCGCUUUAGUUAAACCGGUAUUACCCUCUGAAAUUUGCAACAUUAUACGAUUUCUGCCCGAUAGCCAGAGCUUAUAUAAACACAUAGACAGGAAAUAUUUGCCCUCAGAGUACGGAGGCGAAGCAGAAAGUAUUAAGGCUCAACAUAAAGGCUGGGUUGAGCAAAUUCAAGAGCAGAGAUCAAGGUUUUUAAACGAUAAUCUAUGGAAAGCAGAUCUGAAAAAGAAAUCGAAGAACAACUCAUUCGAAAAUGCAAUGAACGGUUCUUUUAAGACGUUAUGCAUUGACUAGACUUGUUAUUAAAUUAGGGCGUUUUAAAACAAAUAAAGCAAUCAAUGGCAGAACAGAAUAUUACGAAAGCAUAAUUAAAUGUCUUUACCGUAUUUAAGGUCACAAUUACUGUUACGAAAGUGUAUACUCACUACACGAAGAUGCUAUCGAAAAUAAUAUUGUUUUAAGAGUUACAUAAAUAUGUUUCGUCUUGUACUCGAUAGUUUUGUAACGUAAACAUGUUUACGAAAUAACUCACUAACCGGAGAUACGGUGUUACUUCAACAUUAAACAAAAUAAAAGAAAUAACGGA